GGCGGAGCUGCUGCUGCGCUCUGGGGGUAGGUGGGAGAGCAGAGCUCCUGCGGGGGGCUUUGCAUUUCUAGUGAGGAGUUAAUUAGUGAAUGCUGAAUCCAUGAUGGCAAGGCCAAUUAUUUCCCCAGUGAGUAUCAAUCCAACAGCUCCUGAAACCUUCAUAGUACUGAACCAGAGGAUGAGAGUAGUUGAAGAGCAGACAAAUGCACUAUUGAGGGAUCUACGGACACUGGGCGUGAACGGACACAGUAUGGAACUCUUCCCUUCAAAACCAUUGGAGAACUCCAACGAUCACCAGUCCAUCAGCCCUGUCCAUGCCCGUGUGGCGUUCAUUGGAGGGAAUGACACACUGUGGCGAACCUGUGAAACUCUUGUGAAUCGGAUGUGCCGGCUGGAGAGUGUCAUGCAGACCCUGAAAUUGAACAUGUUCCGGUUGCAAACGGAAAAAGAGCUGAAUCCAAAGCAUACAGCCAACUUAGAACAGCGCUUGAACACAAUACAGAAGGAACAUAUGGAAGAAUUAAAGGUGUUGCAAAUGGAGGGGCGAAUGUUAUGCCAGCAGUUGAGGGAGUCACGGGAAGAGGAGGAAAAAGCCAGAGAUCAAGCGCAAAGGCUGAGCGCUGCCCUGGAGAUUGCAACUGCGACAAAGAGAGAUGUGGCCAUUGCUGCAGAUGAGCUGAGGGCAACGAAAAAGAAGCUGAAUCAUGAACUGCAAGAGCUAACGGAGCAGCUGUCCAAGGAGUCUGGUAUGCGGAAGUCUUUGGAACAAUCCCAAACUGUCUUACUUUAUCAGAUGCAGGAUAUGGAAGUGACAGUGGAAAAAGAACGGCAGCAGGUUCACAUUCUGCAGCAGGACUGUAACAGCCUGCACCAGGAUAUUCAGACGUCUCGAGAGAGGCUGCAAAAGGAAGAAGAGAGGACGGUCCGGUUGGAGCAGGAAUGUAUACAGCUUAAAAGUGAUCUAGAAUCCCGAGAGAGUACCAUUUCCAGGCUCGGUGAAGAAGGGAAAGCUGCACAGCUGUCAUUGAGCAGAGCAAAGGAGGAGAAUGUGCAGCUGCGAUCAGAAAUAAACGCUUUGCGAGAGGUGGCAGAAAAAGUGCAAGUGCUUAAUGAGCAGUUGACGCAACAGUGUGCAGAAUUAGGUGGCACCGUUCGAAGUGCUACCAUGGAGAAUGCUCAACUUAUCUCGGAUCAUCAGGCUGCUCUUAAGGUGGAGCAGGAUAAAAUUAAUCAGAAACUGCAAGAACAAGACUCAAUUUUGGAUGCAGCCCGGGCCAGCAUUACCGGAGAGCUGCAGAUUGUGCAGAAUGAGAAAGCACAGCUCCAAAGAGAGAUGGAAGCUUUGCGUGCUGAGCACACUGACUGCAAGCAGAAAUCUUGUAAAGUGAAGGGGACCACAACUACACAAACAGAGCUCCUGGGGUCUACGGUGGCCAGGAUACAAAAGGACAUGGAGACAGCUGUGCAGGAGAGAGAGACACUGCUGAAGGAGAAAGCGAAAUUAGAGGAAGAGAUGCAGAAAACAAUACAUGAAGUAAUGCAAGAGAACAAAAGAUUAGAUGCAGAACUCACAGAAAACAAGUUGGAAAUUGGUCCUCUGAAAGACACACUGAAGAUGCUAGAAGAAGAAAACAAGAAAUUAAUGGAGCGGGAAGCUGCCUCGGAACACCAACAGCAUGCCCAGCAACAAGUAAAGCAGGUUCUAGAAGAGCUGUCCGACAACAAAAACAAAAUGGCGUAUGACAAAGGAAAACUUCAGACUAGAGUACAGCAGCUGGAAGAAGAGCUCCAGUCCCAUGUGGAUGUACGUUCAGAAAAUAGUCAGCUUCGCAAGCUGAAUACUGCCUUGGAGACUAAAUAUAAUCAGAUGAAUGUAGACCUUGGCUCUAUCAGAAUUAACAUGCAGAGGAUGGAAGCACAGCUAAAACAGGCAGCAAAUGCUGUUGCAACAAUGCCUCUUAAAAAAAGAAAAUCCUCUGAAAGUUGUUGGCAGCAGAAGCCCAAUGACCGUUUUAGAUCGUGCCUUGCCUGUGAUGUAAAGAGCAACCUGGGACUUGGUGAACGUGCCUCUAAUAUGUAUUUCCCGACGCGUAGAGUUCGUUUCGCGACGGAUCUGCCUGGAAGGGAGUCUGCCUCUGACUGUGGUGAUAGUCUCAGAGCCUCUCCAAGGACUCUCUUCCGGUCUAUGAAGGCCAUGGAGGAAGAGCUGGAGAGUAAAAGGGAGAGUCUUAGCUUUGAGCUGUUAGACACCGAGUGGGAUGUAGCUAGUGAGGGAACAGAUCUCCAGAGGUCACAGUCAGCCCUUGUCUGCAAAGAGGAAGAUUAUUCUGUAACAGUCAAAGCUCGUGACAAAGCAUUAAGAGAAAACCAGAAGCUCAAAGGGCAAAUAAGCGCCACUCAAGAAAGAGAGAAGCACAAGUUGGCAAAUUUACGACGCAAGCUUGAAGAAUCGAAGGACGAUAAUGUCAAAAUGACAACGAUGCUAGAAAACGUGUUGGCUUCUCAUAACAAAAUGCAGAUCGCUCUGGAGGAGGUGCAGACUGAAUUGGGGCACAAGGAUUCCGAGAUUGCUGGCCUGAAGAAGGAUAGGGCUCAGAGCCAGCAAAGGAUUCAGAAGUUAGAGGCAGAGUUGGAGCACUGGCAUGGCAAACUUGUCUUGGAACCUCAGCACAGUGUCAAGAUGGAUCCACUUCGCAAAGCCCUGGAAGUCUCUAAAGUGGACAACAAGAAACUUGCCCAAAAUUUAGAGCACACUCUGCAGACCAAUAAGGCUCUGCAAAGCAAGCUAAUGCUUGUUCAAGACGAGUUGGAUAGCAAAGAAGACGAGUACCAGCAACUGAUGGAAUGCAGGGACCAGCUAAUUGAGGAAACCAAGAUGGAGGCAAAGUUGUAUGCAGAUCGCCUUGAGACUCUGAAGAAACAGUUCCAGACUGAACGGGAAGUAACAAAGAAAGCAGCCCAGAAGGAAUCAGCUGAGCUGAAGAAAGUCCUUGAAGAAGCCUGCUCUAAAUCUGGCGAAAUGUCCCGCCAUAACAGGGAACUACGGGCCAAAGUGAUGGAGCUGGAGGCUGCCCUGGCGAGUCAGAAGGAGAAGGUGAAGAAACAGAGAGUAUUAAUCACACAGUACUUCAACUCCAAGACUAACAAUGCUCGAAAUUCAGAGAGAAUAAAGGAGAUUGAAUCGGAGUUGAGGCAAAUGGAAGAGCUGAAGGAACAGUACCAAAAGAAAAACUACGAGCAGUCCCUUAGUAUCAAAGAAUUUGUCACUGAAUUAACAAACCUGCAAAGUGAGAUGCAGCAACUGGCCAAAAAUCAACAAGCCAUGGCAGCAGAGAACAAAAAUCUGGAGAGCCAGCUGAAAGUAGAGCAGAAACGACGGCAACAACUUGAAGAAGCGUGCCAGGAUCUACAAGAUACAAUCAGGCAUUUGAAGAAAUGCAAAGACGAUACUGAACACAAACUGAAAGAAGCCGGUAAAGAGUCGGAACAGAUCACAGCUAACCUGGAGGAAGCUCACCACUGGUUUAAGUCCAAGUUUGAUAGCCUGCAGCGUGAGCUGGCAAAAAACAGAAAACAGAAGAAUCCUGCUGAACAUAACUGUGAAGAAGAGGAAAGCCCAGUGAACCACCCUAGCCAGGCAUGCUUGAAGCGCUGGGAGACCAAAAACCAUCUGAAGUUCAUCUCCAGAAAAUAUCUAAAUGAGCUAAAUAAGCGAUGAGCUGCGUGAGCGGGAGGUUCCAGGCUGGGUGAGAUGCCCCCGGGAGCACCACUUCUCAGGUCAAGAUCACCACCCUGUGUUGCCAGUGGUAUUGAUACCGAGGGGGAGCUGACGGGUGGGCCUCUUCAAAGUGGGAGCACCCGGAUGCGUACCGGUGGUAGCAGAUAAGAUCCUGCGUGAACCAGUUGUGCUCUAUAUUAAUAAAGGAAGGUCCUUUAAAUAUAAACACACACACACCAACUGACUGGGCAACCUCUAAAUUCUUAUUAAGUACCAGGCUCAACUGCUAAUUCUUAAAAUGCCUCAAGUUUUACUAAAAUGUAACUGCUAGUGCUAAAUGCAACUUCCUGAGUAGGAGUCUUUAAGACCCCUCCGACUAGGAUGGCGCUGACACGUGGGUGAGGGCAGGGAGACACAGGACUGUGCCAGUCCCACCAUCUGGUC